AUGGCUCUAAGAAUCAAUUUUUUGCCCCCAAACACCAUCCCAAAGUCUCAAAACUUCCAGCCCCAAUUGGCCAAACCCAAAAUCCAGAUGCUAUGCACCAAGAACAACCUCAGUGAUGCGGAGCUGGCAUCAGAUUUGGCAACAGAAGUGGCAAAGAUGAACACCCAUUUGGUACAAAAAGAAGAAGCCAUGAAGAAAAGCAAAGAAUUGCUGUUCACUGAGUUUUGCCAGUACUUGGGUCUGAAAGAAGAGGAUGCGAGGAAGAAAUGGAGGAAAAUUAAGGAAGAGGAGAAGUGGGAUUUGGUUGAAGGGUUUGUUAGUGAAUGGAGUGUGAAUUUUCAUCCUUUAUCUGCAAGGUCGGUGAAGGAACUGCUUCAAGAGUAUUUGCAUCAAGUUGAAGAAAAGCCAUUUACAAGUUCUGGUAAUGUUUUUAAGAGAAUUUUAGGGUUUUCAGAAGAUUAG